AUGUUAUCACGGUCAGCAUCAAAAAGCUCGAGGUAUAUCUGCAAAGCAUGUCGUUCUACUAUCAAUGCCAGUCGCAAGCGCAAAUUUGGAACGAAUAGCAUUACCUUAAAUCCAACCUCCGACGAUAUCUACGAUGUGGUUACAGUAGGCGGCGGACCAGUAGGUCUCGCUCUACUCGCGGCAUUAAAAACCUCACCUUCCACAUCACACCUGAAAUGCUUACUGGUCGAGUCACAGUCCUUAGCCAAGCAGAAAUCAUGGUCGUUACCGCCAGACGCAUAUUCGAAUCGCGCCAGCAGUAUCACACCCACGAAUCAGUCGUUCCUUGAAGCAAUAGAAGCAUGGCGUCAUCUGGACUUGACGCGUGUUCAACCCUACGAUGAGAUGCAAGUCUGGGACGCGGGUAAUGCUGCGAGUAUUCAGUUUGACUGGUCGGCUGAAGCGAUCAAGUAUAAUGCGCCUCUGAGAACGGUGGCGACCAUGGUAGAGAACUCCAAUCUUAGCAGGGGUUUAUUGAGACGGAUCGAGGACGUUGGUGCUGAGGAAAGCUUGAUGAGUGGUUGGAAUGUGAAGGGUAUUGGAAAUGGUAUUGAUGACCCUGAGGGAUGCAACUUGUCGACAUGGCCUGUCCUCGAAUUACAGCAGAUAGGCUCAGAAGGAUCGCAAAACACGAAACAGAUCGCUACCAGGUUACUCAUUGGGGCUGACGGAAUCAAUUCGCCAGUAAGAACAUUUGCGGGCAUUAACACGAACGGAUGGGACUAUGGUCGACACGGAGUCGUAGCAACUCUACAAGUGGAAUCUUCAUCUGAUCCAGCCUCACCAUUUCAGAAUUCAGUAUCGAACGACGACUUUGACUCAGCGCUCGAAGACUUCCUCUCAGACGACCCGAAGUCCAGUUCAAGCUCUUCACAACCAAAUUUCGAAAACAUCACCCCAUCAAACCGUGCCACAGCCUUCCAACGCUUCCUCCCAGCCCUCGGCGGCCCCAUCGCAAUCCUCCCCCUUCCAAACAACCACGCCAGCCUAGUCUGGUCAACCACACCCCAAAUAGCCAGCUACCUCAAAUCCCUCUCACCCUCAGCCUUCACAGCCACGGUUAACGCAGCCCUCCGCCUCGAACAAGUCGACAUCCAAUACCUCUUCUCCCUUCCCACUACCAUCUCCGAACCAAACAACACCACCCCCCACGAAUCCGAACUCACAUGGCGUCUCCAACACACAAAAUCAACCCUCCCAUCCCGCUCUCCACCCUGGAUCACCGCCCUCCAACCCAACACCAUCGCCUCCUUCCCCCUCCGCCUCCGCAACGCAACAUCCUACAUCGCACCGCGUAUCGCCCUAGCAGGCGACGCAGCACAUACCAUCCACCCCCUCGCCGGCCAGGGCCUGAAUCUCGGUCUUGGUGAUGCGGAGUGUUUAUCGCGUACGAUCAGGUACGCGGUCGAGCAUGGGAUGGAUAUUGGGGAUUUAAUGGCGUUGCAGGGAUAUAGUGGGGAGAGGUAUGCGGCUGCGGUGAGGGUGAGUACGGGUGUCGACUUGUUGAAUAAGGUUUAUCAGAUAAGUAGUGGGGAUGGGUUGGUGGGGAGUUUGUUAGGGGCGGCGAGGGGGUUAGGGAUGAGGGCUGUGGGUAUGGUGCCUGGGGUUAGGGAGGCGAUUAUGAGGACUGUGGAUUGA